AUGACAGAGCGAAAGAUCAAAGCUGGCCCUUUUGGCACUAAGGGGUGUGGAUUCAGGAGUAUACUGAUAACCAGAGCAGGUGCCCCUGCCUUGAAAGCAGCAAUAGCCAUCAGAGAGAAAACUGGGGAAGGUUUACUAGAAAGCAGUACAAGGCUAAAACCUCAUGAAGCUCAAAGCUACAGAAAGAAGGCAUUGUGGGUUUCCUGGGUCUCCAUUAUUGUCACACUGGCUCUUGCAGUGGCUGCUUUCACUGUCUCCGUAAUGAGAUACAGUGCAUCAUCAUUUGGAUUUGCUUUUGAUGCUACUCUGGAUGUUUUGUCAUCAGCGAUAGUUUUGUGGCGUUACAGCAACGCAGCUGCUGUGCAUUCUGCACACAGGGAGUACAUAGCUUGUGUUAUCUUGGGUGUCAUAUUCCUCCUGUCAUCUAUAUGUAUUGUGAUCAAAGCCAUCCACGAUCUUGCGAAGAAGGUGCUUCCAGAAGUGGAUGACUUUCUGUAUAGUGUCUCCGUUUUAAGUGGAAUACUUUGCACUGUCUUGGCAGUAAUCAAAUUUAUGCUGGGAAAGGUCCUUACAAGCAGAGCACUGAUAACCGAUGGUUUCAACUCCCUUGUAGGUGGAAUAAUGGGAUUUUCCAUCCUUCUUAGCGCCGAAGUUUUUAAACACAAUUCUUCUGUCUGGUUUCUGGAUGGCAGUAUAGGAGUUUUAAUUGGACUUACAAUAUCUGCCUAUGGAAUCAAGUUGCUUAUCGAUAUGAUACCCCGUGUAAGGCAAACGCGCCAUUAUGAGAUGUUUGAGUGAAGAUCACCCCCUCUCCUCUGUCAGGACUGUAAAACUACAGCAUCGUACAUUUUGGCAAGUGGUGCCAAUGGUAUUUUACUAAAUAUGCAGUUUGUUUCCCGUGGUCUGUUUUUGUUGAAGUUUGUUUUAAUGGGAAAUCUCUCUGUAAAACUGGCAUAUGUGCACACUGCUUGCAAUUCAGCGAAACAGCGGCAUUGUUUGUUUUUUAUUUUUUCAAGUAUGCUAUUGAUUCCUGUGACAAUAGAAAACAUGCAGUUUGCAGUUUUAACCCAGCUGCCAUGUCGUAUAUUCCAGAGUGAAAGUGUUCUUAAUGGUGUGAUAAGCCUGUGGGUAAAGAAGUGCCAUUUUCAGAUCUCUCUUCUUUUUUUUUUUUUUU